ACAAUUCGAGGUGGAGGUGGAGAAGUUGUGAUGAUGAAUGAAAGUUUGGAAGGCGAAAAGCACUUGAAAUACUUCUAGAGCAAGUUUUUAAAAUACUUAAUAUUACCAUAAGUGAAGUCCACUUCUAACGAUAUAAAAUGCUUCAAUUGUGCUUGUUCAUUGCUGAGAAAAUGAUUGUUUUACACACAGUGUCCUGAUCCAAGGUUUUGGCAAACAAAAAAUCUAACCAGUUUUUGUGAUGUCUGCUGAUAGUGCAGUAAUCUGAAUCAUAGCUCUUUGAAAUGCCUUGCAUAAAGUGCAGGUCGGAUUUCAAUCUGUUUAAUUGGAAAAUUAAAUGCGGGGAAUGCGAAGACAAGUUUUGCAAUAAAUGUCUGAGGAGAAAAGAAGGGGUUCUCUAUUGUGAAAAAUGUCUAAUCUUACUCAACCGUCCUCCGGAUAAAACAAAAUUAAUGGAACUCAAAUCCAAAGAUCUACAAGACUAUCUAAAUAAACGAAAUAUAUCUACACAUGGUUUGGUCGAGAAACAAGAGCUGGUUGAUUUGUUUUGCAAUAAGCAUAUUCCAGAUAAGCCAAAAAGAGGGGUUGAGAAGCUUACUGCCAAUUUUGCUGGGUCCGUACCAAAUUUGAGACCUCUGAACGAACUGUGGGAGUCCGUCAUCAGCAGCGACAGUGCCCAGCAAAGAGAGAACAGAUCUCCGCAACAGGAGCAAUCUCAUCAGCCAUCCAGGUCUCCCCGAUGUUCAACCCCGCAAUCUCAAAGCAGGGACAAUUUUAGGUUCACGCCACCACAGCCCCAACCGACUACCUCUACGACGUAUCACGAACCUCAUGAUUCCCCUGUCGUGGAGAAUAGAUCAAAUGAGAGCCCUAUCCUGCCACCCAAGUACCCAAAAAUUGAAGAUUUCGGCAGCGCGGAAGAACUACACAAUCUUUCUUCCAAAGAUUUGAAAAUAUUGCUGACGUUAAACAGAGUAGACUUUAAAGGUUGCAUAGAAAAAAAUGAACUGCUUGAGAGAGCUGAAAGGCUUUGGGAAGACAAUAAUGAACUGAGAAAAGAAAUUCCAGAAAAUUUACCUGUUCAAGACCUGUGUAAGUUGUGCAUGGAUGCUCCCCUAGAUUGUGUAUUAUUAGAAUGUGGCCAUAUCGCGACAUGCACAGAGUGUGGUAAGAAGUUGGCAGAGUGUCCGAUUUGUCGACAGUACGUAGUGCGAGUAGUCAGAAUUUUCAAGGCUUGAUAUCUUUAUCAGUUAUAUAUUUUUAAUAUUUAUUAUAAAAAUGUGAUGAUUUUUUAUACAGACGAAUUGGUGAUAGUGAUUAGAUAAAAAAAAAUAGUCAGUUGUGUACAUUUAUAACUGUUAUACCAAGAUUUUUAUAUAUAUUUUAAAGUGUUGCUCUUGAAAUUUUCCACAGAAAAAAGUUCCCUCUAGUAUGGCGAAAUGAAAUUGGAAUCAAAACAAAAACAAAUUUCAAAUAGACAUAUAUUUCAAGCGUAAUUUUAAUGUAGAAACUUCAAAAACUACUGUAUACAAAUAAUAAAAUGAAAUUGAAUUCGGA